CUGCAGACCACAGCCCGGAGCGGGAGCCGAGCAGAGGAGUCAAGGAGCUGGGCUCUGCCUCUCCACCUAGUGACUCCUGCCCUGGCUGCCUCUUUAGACCACAGUGAGUUUAAAGGAGGUUGAAGGUGCUUUUUCACCUGCCUGACUUGGAACUCCAUGAGGAGUGAUGUCAUGACCAGCAUAAAUUGGGGGGAACCUAAUGACGUCUGCCCCUUGUUCUUUUAAGCUUCAAUAGAAACACUCAGUCCAAGAUCUGGGAAGACCCUUGUGCCCAUUUUUAAAAGAUUUCAACUCUGGCCAUUAGGAGAAUUGGAGAGAUCAGGUGACAAUGAGUUCCCAGUUCAAUGCUGGAUUUACUGCUGGCAUCCAAAGUGCUCCACUGGGCAAGCACCAGCUCCUCUUGCUGCACCACUGUGCAAGGGAGCCUCACCCUCUGCGGGGGCGGGGUGGGGGGGCAGCAUUCCGCUCCGGCCUCCGCAGCUUCGCACGUGCCGCUCUCUCCUGUAGAACACCUUUUCCCUCCCCCAUCUGACUGUGUCUCACUUUUUCCUCAAGACUCUGAAAGGUUUCCUGACUCCCUCAACCUGGGCGAGGAGCUCCUUUCCCCUACUCCCGUCCCGCUGCCUGUCCCUACUCUCGUUGUAGUUCUGAUCACACUGAUGUCCUGCGUGUCUACCAUUCUAAGCUGUGGGCUUUCAAGGCAGGGCCUGGAUUUUGUCUUAAACAGUUCAGGGUCCCCAGGCCCUUGGGCACCAGGGGGACAGCUCAUGGUGCAAUAAUAAGAAACACUCACACUUUACAGAGGGAAGGUUCCAUCGCUUUCCCUAGAUCGUGGCCAGCCAGGGUGUCAGGUGGCUGCCCACCUGCAGCAGAGCUUCCUGGUGCUGGCGGAGGGGGGCAGGCCAGGCCUGGUGGGGCCAGUGAAGGGGGUCAUCCCCUUCCCACUUGGCAUGAAACGCCUGUGUUGUGCUGCGUCCUAAGACCCCUGGGGAAAUGCACCAUUCAUUCAUUCAUUCAUUCAUUCAGUAAAGGUCACUGGCUCCUGCCUGGGAUCUGGGACCCAGCCCCUGAGCACACCCCCGCCCGCACUGUCGUGGUCCCGCUGUUUGUCUUCUCCCUUCCGACCUCCCGUGGCCCCAGCGCGGCCCGCUCACAGUAGGUGCUCGGGCAGCGUUUCUUCAGGGGCCUAGAAGGCCUGGAGAGGAAGGGCCCCAGCCCAGCCGCCCGGGCCUCUCACCUGGCUCUCGGGGCGUCCGGCUCGCACUUCCUCCCGCCGCCCCGCCCCUUCCACAUUCCUGCCCCGCCGGGCCUGCCCCGCGCAGUCUGGGUCCCUGCGCCGCAGCCGCCCGCCCGCCCGCUCAGCGCCCGGCCCCGGGAUGACGGCGGCCCAGGCCGCGGGUGAGGAGGCGCCACCAGGCGUGCGGUCCGUCAAGGUGGUCCUGGUGGGCGACGGCGGCUGCGGGAAGACGUCGCUGCUGAUGGUCUUCGCCGAUGGGGCCUUCGCCGAGAGCUACACCCCCACGGUGUUUGAGCGGUACAUGGUCAACCUGCAAGUGAAAGGCAAACCUGUGCACCUCCACGUCUGGGACACAGCAGGGCAAGACGACUAUGACCGCCUGCGGCCCCUGUUCUACCCUGAUGCCAGCGUCCUGCUGCUUUGCUUCGAUGUCACCAGCCCGAACAGCUUUGACAACGUCUUUAACCGGUGGUACCCAGAAGUGAAUCAUUUCUGCAAGAAGGUACCCGUCAUCGUCGUGGGCUGCAAGACUGACCUGCGCAAGGACAAAUCACUGGUGAACAAGCUCCGAAGAAAUGGAUUGGAGCCUGUGACCUACCACAGGGGCCAAGAGAUGGCGAGGUCCGUGGGCGCGGUGGCCUACCUCGAGUGCUCGGCUCGGCUCCAUGACAACGUCCACGCCGUCUUCCAGGAGGCGGCCGAGGUGGCCCUCAGCAGCCGCGGUCGCAACUUUUGGCGGCGGAUUACCCAGGGCUUUUGCGUGGUGACCUGAGCGGCUCGGGCCGACCGAGUGACGCGGGAAGGGGCAGGGCGCUGACCUGCUGCUGAGCUGGCUGGGCUGGACCCGGUCCCUAGGCUGUGACCGCCGAACUGCACCGCAACAGAUGGGCGCCACCAAGGCCAGGCCCUGAGGCCUGGGAGUCCUGGACUGAGAAAGGGGGUUCCUGGGCCCACCUGCUCUGUGUAGGGCUCGUCCUGCGGUGCCCGAGAAUCACUCACUAACCCCUACGCCCGGUCCCGGACCGACAUCCUGGAGCCGCCUGUGCAGCCUGAUGCCCCCUCGUGGCUGCUCCCAGGGCUGCACCUGCCAGGACCUAAUGUUCUCAGGUCCCUCCUGCCAGAACCCACACCUGGCCCCUUCCCACCUGUCAUACUGGUAACUGUAACAAGGAAAACGACAUCACUU